GCACGAGCGCCUGACCAAAGACGCCCCCAAACAAUUAAAGCCGCAUCGAUAACACACAACGGCGAUGGAAACGGCGUGUUUUUUAUGCAUUUAAAAAAAAAAAAAAAACGUAUAUACGUACACACAUUAUAAUAUGUUAUAUUAUAUAAUAAUAAUAAUUAUCAUGAUGAUAAUAUUACGGUCGCGCGUGCAAUACCGUCGGACACCGCCGACGUCCGAGUCGAACGCAAACGAGGAAACUCGGUACGUCCAAUACGUUUUUUUUAUUAUAAUACCUAUACCAUAUAUUAUUACACCGGUGACGUGCCGAUGCAGACGAUCUCCUCAUCCGCUGGUCGCCGAGCUCCGAGUCCGUCAGUAUAAUAGGUAUUUGGAUCUUCGUCGGCGUGGCAUGUCGGGAAUUUAAGAAUUAAAGGCGGCACCUGAUGGGAAACGAAACUGAUGGGACUUAGAAGUUCAUCGCUGGCCAAGAAAAACGACGAUACAUUGACAUGGGUGUUGCACAGAAAAGAUCUUUGUCAACAAGAACCCGAACAGAAUCCUCAUGAAACGAAGUCGUACGGCGGUUCGACAUCGUCUGAGUAUCGAGGAAGAAGACACAACAACCAUGUUCAGAGAAAAAGGAGAAACCACGUGCACUCAAACAUAUUGGACUAUGGCAAGCCCGAACAGACGUACGGCUAUGGAAUAUCUGAUUUGGACGAUUUCCUCUCAAAAUCGUCGAUUGGUCGGCCGGGCAACAUACCGAUGGUGCUAUGCACGGGAUGUCUGCUGUACCAGACUCAGCUGGACGACCACUACCAGACGGAGGUGGCACUACCACUAGGCAUGGUGGUGAACGCGGUGUUCAAGAACGAGCAGUGGCUGUACGUGCAGACGCCGCACGCCGAAGAGGGGUACAUACCGUACGGCAGCUGCCUCCCGUUGGGGAUCGUGCCGCCGCCGGCCGCGGCCCGGGCGCCGUGCUGGGAGACCCAGUCGGAUGUGUUCCCAAGACCGGUCGGCGACCGGCGCCGUCGCGGCCGCGGCCACAGGGGCGGCAGCGUCGGUGGGUUCGGCAAUGGUGUCGGCGGCGGCGUUGACGGUUACAACGACGACGACCAAGACGACCGAGACGUCGCCACGUUGCUGUUCCGGCGCCGCCACUGCGGAACCGACCGGUCGUCCCCGCCGCCGCCGCUCCGCCGACCCUCCGUCGCCACUAGAUCCGUCACUGGCUACGGGUAUUUGUGACGACAAAUAUCUGAUUAAAUCUCGAUCAACAAAACGGUGUAAAUGACAAUACUAUUUAUGGCGCUCAAUAUUGUGUACAGUCUGCGCGUCACUAAGUAUAACAUGUACUCGUAUAGUUGUAUCCAUGUACCUGCCGUUCAAUAUUGUAAGCCACCCGCAAUUGCUUCGAAAUUAAGUGAUGCUAGGUUUAUCGCGGCGCCGUGAGGGUUUACAGUGGCGACACGUUUCGACCUUUUUAAAAUCACCUCGUGGUACUAUUAUAAUUUUAUAUUUUAUUUUUUUUUAUAUAAAUAUUACUCUAAUGACUCCAAUAAUUACUGACGGCAGACCUUAUACAAUAAGAUAAUAAAAUUAUUGAUCAUUGAACUAACAUUAAUGUGAUGUAAUGUAUUAUAUUACUAUUUUAAAACCGUAUUUUUUACUCGUUUACCUAUACCGUUUAAACCUUAUAUUUGUGUGCUCGUCAUAUUCACGGAUUGGGAUUGUUCAGAAUCGUUUUUCGUUUUGCAAAGAUUAAUCAUUGCAUUCAAGUGUAAUACAUAUACUACGUCAUGAAUAAUACUGAUCUUCUAACUCAAUUACGAAGGUACACUCGACACCUACUGAACAGCAGAACAGCACCUACGUUGCUCCAUUUUUUUAAAAUUCAAAUUUGUUUAGAGAUAAUUAAUGUGCAGCAUUAAAACUAACAAGACAGAAAUGUUUCUGUUGACAACUUACACACGUGGAUGAAACUUACGAUAUGUAUAAUAGUUUUUAUCGAUUUGCUUUUGUAUUUUAUAUGCUCUUGUACAUAUUUUCUAAUCUCUGAACUCUGGGUUUAAUAGUGUUCAUAGACACGUAUUCAUGUAUUUAUUAUUAAAUAUGCAGACUGUAGCCCAGUACUACUAAAUUACAGUAAUAUUAUUAGCAAAAUGUAUCUUAUAUCAAUUUCAGGAAAGUAAAUGUAAAAUAAAAAUCUACAAAACAAUUAAAUAGGAAAAAUAUCAAGAAUAGCAGAAAGACAUGAACACAUGUUCGAAUAUUUAUUUUACACUCGGG